CUCAAAACAUCCACAAACUGCCAACUACCUCGUCGCCUUCGGUCUGAAUAUAAAACCAACCAACAUUCAACUCUCUCCCUCUCUCUCUCUCUUCCUGCUACGUGUACUCUUGUCAGUUGUCAGUUUCACCGAUGGCCUGCCGCUUCAAGAUUGAGCCAGCUGUGGAAGUCGAGGCGAGACAUCGCCGCCGCGGGCGGUGCAGUCUGGGCCCGCGGACGCCGCGGCGCUCUGCGAGGAGCUGCGUCGGAUAUGCGGGUCCCACCAGAGAGAGGGAUCGGAGGCUGAGAUGUGGAGGGGCGUAGUGGAGAGGGGGCUGCUGAAGCCUAGCCACCCUCACCAGCUUCAUCAGCUGGUUUACUACUCUGCGUACGCCAAAUGGGAUGUCUCAGCUCGAGGCCCACCUCCGUAUUGGUUCCCUUCCAAGGUGCACUGCAAAGAUACAAAUCUUGGGCGAAUAAUGGAAGUUCAUGGUCCAAAGGUUUUGGGAUCACUAUAUCACGAUCCCAUUGAAAGCUUUGCUCUCUUCCAGAAAUUCUCAGUUCAGCAUCCUGAGGUCUAUUGGUCAAUUGUCGUUAAAGAGCUCGCAGUUACAUUUCAUGAUCCUCCAAAAACUAUUUUAGAUACUUCAGAUGAAUCUAAGAGCGGGGGAACUUGGUUUCCAGGAGCAGUCCUGAAUAUAGCUGAGUGUUGUCUGCUACCGAGCCAUUCACCAAAAAGGACUGAUGAGAGCGUCGCCAUUGUUUGGAGGGAUGAAGGUUUUGAUGAUUCCCCUGUUAACUAUUUGACACUAAGGGAACUCCGUGAGCAAGUGAUGAUGGUUGCAAAUGCUCUUGAUGCUACAUUUACAAAGGGAGAUGCAAUUGCUAUAGAUAUGCCGAUGACAUAUACUGCAGUUAUCAUAUACUUAGCCCUUAUUCUUGCCGGAUAUGUUGUUGUCUCAAUAGCUGACAGCUUUGCUGCAAAGGAAAUUGCCAGUCGUAUGAGAAUAUCUGAUGCAAAAGGAAUAUUUACUCAGGAUUUUAUUAGCAGAGGAGGGAGAAAGUUUCCUUUGUAUAGUCGAGUUAUAGAGGGAUGUCAGUGCAAAGCUAUUGUUGUUCCUGUCCUGGGCAGUAGUGUGGGAGUUACUCUAAGGAAUCAUGAUAUGUCGUGGAAAGACUUCAUAUCAUGUGCAGACGGCAUUCCAAGGCCAUGCAACUAUUCUCCUGUUUAUCAACAGACGGACGCUGUGACUAAUAUACUCUUCUCUUCAGGAACCACAGGAGAUCCGAAAGCUAUUCCUUGGACGCAGCUCUCUCCAAUAAGAUGUGCAGCUGAUUCAUGGGCACAUAUUGAUAUCCAAGCAGGAGAUGUUACCUGCUGGCCUACGAAUCUGGGGUGGGUGAUGGGCCCAAUUUUGUUGUAUUCUUGCUUUCUAAAUGGUUCUACUUUGGCUCUCUUUCACGGCUCUCCUCUAGGUCGCAGCUUUGGCAAGUUUGUUCAGGAUGCAGCUGUGACCGUGUUAGGUACAGUGCCAAGUCUAGUGAAAACCUGGAAGAGUAGCAAUUGUAUGGAAGGGCUUGAUUGGACAAAGAUUAGAACAUUUGCUUCUAGUGGAGAAGCUUCUAAUGUUGAUGAUGACCUAUGGCUUUCUUCAAGAGCAUUUUAUAGACCUAUUAUUGAAAUCUGUGGAGGGACUGAGCUUGCUGCUUCAUACUUACAAGGAAGUGCUUUACAACCACAAGCUUUUGGAGCAUUCAGCACACCGACAAUGUCGACAGGCUUCGUAAUUUUCGAUGAUGAAGGAAUUCCUUAUUUGGAUAAUCAACCUUGUAUUGGAGAAGUGGGUUUGUUUCCUUUAUUCAUGGGUGCAAGUGAUAGAUUGCUCAAUGCUGAUCACAAAAAGGUCUACUUCGAUGGAAUGCCAGUUUAUAGAGGAAUGAAACUCAGACGACACGGAGAUAUAAUCCGACGAACAGUAGGUGGCUACUACAUCGUACAGGGUAGAGCGGAUGAUACCAUGAAUCUAGGAGGCAUCAAGACAAGUUCAGUGGAGAUUGAACGAGUAUGCAAUAGAGCUGAUGAGAGAGUAUUGGAGACUGCUGCAAUAGGCGUUAGGUUCAAAAUUGGAGGACCAGAACAGUUGGCAGUGCUGGUGGUCUUAAAACCCGGACCGUCAAAUUGUAAACCAGAUCUUUUGAAGGCAAAAUUUCAGAAUGCUAUUCAGAAAGAUCUCAACCCUUUGUUCAAGGUGAGCUUAGUGAAAAUUGUGCCUGAAUUUCCUCGAACAGCUUCCAACAAAUUGCUGCGCAGAGUUCUAAGGGAUCAAUUGAAGCAAGAAUUUUCAACUAGCAGCAAACUAUGAUUCCACUGCAAAGUCUUUUGAUGGAUGUAUUCUGAUGGCUAGUGGUGUUAUCGUUAUAGAUACAGCCAUACAGUCACCAUGAGCUGAAUGAGAUUUAGAAUGAAAAGCUAUCGUGCUUGCAGUAAAAUUACAGAGACAUUGGGAACAAAGAGCCCUCAAAAUUGUGUAAUAAGAUCCAGGCAAAUAAGAUAUCAUGGUCACAGUACUUGCAAUUCCGCAUAA